AUGAAACCAACGGCUGGUGGAGAAGGCUACAGCAAAAAAUCAACUACAAAACUACCAUCUACUCUUGAAGGAGAGCUCGCUAAUCUUCCAUCUGGAUCCAGGUUUAGUUUCAAGGCAAAAAAACCAACCAUCAAUAGAAGAGAAAAUAGGAAACUCGAGCGAUUGGCAAAAAAACAAAAAAUCAGCCAAAAUGCUCAAUUACGAAAGAAUCCCAGCAAGCUACGCACUCCUAAUAAGCCAUCUUUUACUUCUCCAGAGAGUGAAGCAAUGAAGGCAGCUGCAUCGAAAAGAGUUGAUGCAAUUCUAAAACAACGAGAAAAGAAAAAAGAGGCAGCUGAAGCUGUAGCCAAGUUACAGUCCAAUAAGGAUCGUGAAGAACAGCAACUACGUAAACUGGCUGAAAAAAAUCCAGCCUUUUUCAAACUGCUUCAAGACCAAAAUUUAGUCUCGAAACGAAUUUCUGUUGGUCAUAAUGCUGCCUCCACCAGCAUAGAAUUAGAUGCCGAAGAGAGCAAUAUUAAAACCUACUCUAAAUUAUUGAAAUUGAAAGAUGGCAGUAUUAAUCAAAGCUUCAAGCGUGACGGUCUCGAUUUCCUUCUUGAUGGCAUUUCAACAAAGACUUCAAACCCUAAAAAAGAUUUUAUUGGAGAUCCCGAUGCAGACAGUGAGGAUGAGUUUGGAUUUGCGGCCGAGGCUCAAGAUGAUGUUGAAAUGAAUGUCAACAACGAUUCUCAAAGUGUCGAGUCAAAUGAAUCUGGAACUGACGUUGAAUUGGAGCAAAGCGACUCUGAGAAUGACGGCUCUGUUGACUUUGAUAUGGAAGCGAUCAGUGAAACUUCUUCCUUUAUAAGCAAUGAUUUGGAAGAAGAGUCAGGCGACGAUGAAAAAUCAUUUGCAGCAUUUGAGGAUAAUGAAGGGCAAUCCAAUGAUGAAUCUACAAAAGAGACCUCGGCUGAAAUAGGAAAAUAUAUUCCACCCUAUCUUCGUAAACAAACUAAUAGUAAAAGCGAGCAGUACAUCCGUGUUCGUCGACAGAUUCAAGGCUUGUUGAAUCGAUUGACAGACACAACUUUGGAAUCAAUUGUAUUGAGUAUUGAAGAAGUAUUUCGUAACAAUAGUCGUCAUGAUGUCACGGAAAUUAUUACGGAUAUCAUGUUGAAUUAUGUUGGAGACCAAGCCAAUAUUCUCGACUCGUUUAUUGCGACAUAUGCUGGUUUGAUUGCAGCCAUCUUCAAUACAGUUGGCAUAGAAUUUGGAGCACAUUUUAUUCAAACAUUAACUGAAAAGUUUGAUUCCGCACGAACAAAAUACAUUGAAUCCAGUCAUGAUCACGCUGACGAAAUCGAUAAGCAAUGCACCAAUUUUUCCAUGCUUCUUGCGAUGCUGUACAAUUUCGGUGUUGUAUCUUGUGUGCUUCUUUAUGACAUCAUUCGAAUGUCAAUAAGUUGCCUGAGCGAGUUGGAUGUAGAAGUCCUUUUACGUAUUUUGAGAUUGGGCGGUCAGCAAUUGCGAUCAGAUGAUCCAACGGCGCUUAAAGAUAUUGUUUUACUUGUCAAAGAUGCUACGUCUAACAUGGAUCAGAAAAAACUAAGUAUUAGACUAAAGUUUAUGAUAGAAACAAUCAUGGAUCUCAAAAAUAACAAGCGCAAGCACAUGGAUCAAAAAGUAGCCAACCAAUCUCAACAAGAUCGUAUUAAAAAGAUUGUAGCCAACAUUUCCAAGCGUCGAUCGAUGCAUGGUUCAGAACCUUUACGCGUUGGACUGGAAGAUAUUCGCAAUAUAGCGACCAAGGGAAAAUGGUGGCUGGUAGGCUCUGCGUGGGUCGGACACGAUUUUAGUAAAACAAAUGACAAGGCUGUUUCAGAAGUAAAAAAAAUGCAGCCUCAGUCCCUAGAGCUACUGGAAAUGGCUCGAAAAAACAAAAUGAACACGGAUGUGCGUCGUAGUAUUUUUGUCGUGCUCAUGAGCAGCGAAGACUGUCUGGAUGCGUUUGAAAGGCUAUUGAAAUUGAAUUUAAAAGGGAAACAAGGACGAGACAUUGUCAGAGUGACGAUCCAUUGCUGCACACAGGAGAUGGUGUACAAUCCGUACUAUGCACUUGUAGCAGAACAGUUUUGUAAGCAUGAACAUGGGUUCAAAAUCACCUUUCAAUAUGCUAUCUGGGAUGCGUUGAAAGCAAUGAAUGGAAAAGAAGGCAUGUAUGAUGAUGACGACGAUGGGGAUGCGUAUACAGGCGAAAAGGGAUUGAUUCGAGUGGCCAAUCUUGCACGAAUGCUAGCACAUCUCUUUGCCAACGAGUCGCUUCCACUUUCUAUCCUCAAGGCUGCCAAUUUUACCACGCCGACAAAGUUGCAAAUCUUAUUUUUUAGGAUUAUAAUCAUUGACAUGAUUUUAAAAACACCAGUGCUGAAAUCUUCUAAUCCUGACAGCAAGUUUCAGCGACCUUUUACUCGUGUCAAGUCACAACCAGAGUUGUCUGCACUUUGUGAAGGACUAUUUCUGACUGUACAAGCACAUAUCCUUCUGCCUUUGAAUUCAGGCCAGAUAAGUGCAUUGGGAAUCAAAGAGAAAGAUGCUGGACUGGUUCGACAAAGAGCAAAAUUAAUCAAGGAGAUCUUUUCUUGAGUGUGGUUUAGUUGAUGAUAUGAAAUUUUGGCAGUCUACUGUGCUACAGCAGUGCCAUGUGUGAACAAAUACAUUUAUAUUGCAAGUAA